AGACACCUGACUUUGUCGAACAGGUGUAGACAACAUCAGACUGCCUCCUUUUUGCAGGUUGCAAUGAUUCUUGCUUGGAAUUUACUGCUGAACUGGUUAGUGAAAACGUAAUAGAAAUAACGGUGAAUAGAUCAGGGUGGUACAGUACUGAGUAUGAAGGAAAACAGUACAUGUUUCCUUCCAUUGAAUACAAAGAAGCCAUUGUUGACGCCUGUUCCAAGUUAGAUUUUCAUUACCUUCUUCAAGACCCAAUCCCCGAGUCAGUUGAAGAAACACCUGUAAAACUGGUACUUUGCAAGGUUACACGUGUAAGCCAUGUAACCGGUUCUUACUACAAUACCGACUGUAACUAUAUAAUGUAUACGCGGAGAUGUAACGGGACGCUGCAGUUUGACACAAUAUCGACAGACUUAGUGAAACUUUGUCUUGUGGUACCGAGCAGUGUCACGGUGAUUCCAGAAAUAGGCCAUACGACGCAAUACGUUGAUUUAGACGGUAACUCAGCCAUGAUGUUCAUCUCUUUCUUGCAGUACAGAUGUUCCUUUGAAAUGGAUGUUGCUGCUUCAUAUAAAAUAAAAUGGUAUAUCAAUGAUACCUUGGUCGCUGAAAUGGAACCAACAAAUUCGUCCGAAGAUCUUGCUUUAAGAUAUAACGUUACAAAUGAUGUGGAACUUGGCUAUAUGAUAAAAUGUGGAGUUGUAAAAAUGCCGAUGGAAGAAUCUUCUGAAUUACUGAGUUUCAACUUCUUUGCCGGAUGGAAGGUUUCAGAUAAAGGUAUUGAACUAACCAAGGGUGAGUAUGUCAGUGUCGACGUAGAACUGAUCGUCCCGAUUGGCUGCACGUAUACAGUAAAUGAACAAGCACGUUGCAUUAAAGAGUUACUUAUAACAGAUCCAUCCUACACACCGGAUGUAUGCAAAGGUGGAAUACUGGCAAUGAAUGCUGAUGAUCCAAGUAAAGAUAGUCACAAAGUACAGACCUUAAAGCAAGUUACAGAGUGGACAGGAAACAAAAAGGACCGUUUUAAACUUUCAACAUCUGAUGUUAACUACGAUGAUGCAACAGUAUAUAAUUUAGAAGUUAGUCUUACUGAUGGAGCAAGUAUUCGCACCCGGAGGGACGUAGAGUCACAUACAAAGGUAUCUUUUCACUGUGAAAUGUUUCAGAAUAUGAUUGAUAUCUCCUAUCAUGUGAGUUCAUAA